GUCGCCUUCACCGACUCCGGCGAGCGCCUCAUCGGCGAGGCCGCCAAGAACCAGGCCGCCGCCAACCCGCUCCGCACCGUCUACGACGCCAAGCGACUCAUCGGCAGGCAGUUCGUCGACGCCGAGGUGCAGCGGGACAUGAAGCUGCUGCCGUUCAAGGUGGUGGACAAGAACGGCAAGCCGCACCUCGAGGUGGAGGUCAAGGCCGGCGACGUGCGGACGCUCAGCCCGGAGGAGGUGAGCGCCAUGGUGCUCACCAGGAUGAAGGAGACGGCUGAGGCGUAUCUCGGCGAGAAGGUCCGGGACGCCGUCAUCACCAUCCCGGCCUACUUCAACGACGCGCAGCGCCAGGCCACCAAGGACGCCGGCGCCAUCGCCGGCCUCAACGUCGUCCGCCUCAUCAACGAGCCCACCGCCGCCGCCAUUGCCUACGGCCUCGACAAGGUGGCCGACGGGAAGGAGCGGAACGUGCUCGUGUUCGACCUCGGCGGCGGCACCUUUGACGUCAGCGUGCUCGCGCUCGACGGCGGCGUCUUCGAGGUCCUUGCCACCAACGGCGACACCCAUCUCGGAGGCGAGGACUUCGACCAGCGCGUCAUGGACCACUUCAUCCGGCUCGUCAAGCGGAAGCACGGCGUCGACAUCUCCGGCGACGCGCGCGCUCUCGGCAAGCUUCGCCGCGAGUGCGAGCGCGCCAAGCGGGCGCUCAGCACCCAGCUCCAGGUCCGCGUGGAGGUCGAGUCGCUGGCCGACGGUGUCGACUUGUCGGAGCCGCUCACCCGGGCCCGCUUCGAGGAGCUCAACGCCGACCUCUUCCGCAAGGUCAUGGCGCCCGUGAAGAAGGCCAUGGCGGACGCCGGGCUGGCCAAGGGCGACGUCGACGAGGUGGUGCUGGUCGGCGGCAGCACCAGGAUCCCCAAGGUGCAGCAGCUCCUCCGCGACUACUUCGGCGGCAAGGAACCCCACAAGGGCGUCAACCCCGACGAGGCCGUGGCCUACGGCGCGGCGGUGCAGGGCGGCAUCGUGCGCGGCGACGCCAAGGAGGUUGUGGUGCUGGAUGUGACACCGCUGACGCUCGGCAUCGAGACGGCCGGCGGAGUGAUGGCGAGCGUGAUCCCCCGGAACACGCCGAUCCCGACCAAGAGAACCAAGAUGUUCACCACGUACCAGGACAGGCAGACGACGGUGGCCAUCACGGUGUUCGAGGGCGAGCGGAGCAUGACAAAGGACAACCGGCUGCUGGGCAAGUUCGACCUCACCGGGAUCGCGCCGGCGCCGAGGGGCACGCCGCAGAUCGAGGUGACCUUGGAGGUGGACGUGAACGGCAUCCUGCACGUGGGGGCGGCGGACAAGGGCACGGGCAGGUCGGAGAAGAUCGAGAUCAGCAGCGCCGGCCGUAGCAUCUCGCAGGAGGAGAUCGAGCGCAUGGUGCAAGAGGCGGAGGAGUUCGCGGAGGAGGACAGGAAGGUGAGGGACAGGGUGGACGCGCGGAACAAGCUGGAGGCGUACGUUUACAGCACCCGGACGACGGCCGACGGCGAGCUGGGGGCCAAGAUGGACGGCGACGACAGGGAGAGGGUCAGGGAGGCGGUAAGGGAG